UUUGACUGUAAAAGCACACACAAUUCUCAAAAAGUGUAGGCUACCUUUGGCUUUAGCCCUCUGAUAUUGAGCCAUGCAGGAUGUUUCUCAACGAAACUCUGAACAGGAAUCACUGGUUAUGUAGGAUGGAUAGAUGGGAGGAAUUUGUGUGUUGAGGGAGAGUGUUUCUUGGUUUCAUGUCACUUCAAGCGACAUCGGUCACCUUAUGAUCACCAACCGACAGGGGAGCCAAGAAAUAAGUCAUGAUAUGGUGGGUUUCAGUGUUGGAAGCUUUCAUCUUUUGGCUACACUUUACACACACACACACACACACACACACACACACACAGAGAGAGAGAAACCUGCUACACAUACACAUACAAGCCCACUAGACACAGACUCUGAAGAAAAAAAAAAAAACUAGGGCAUCAAAAGUCCCGAAGGCUUUGAACUACAAUUUUUUGCAUAAUCAGGAGAGAAACUGAGAGAGGGAGAGGGGAAGAGAGAGAGAAUGCUGUAAUUAAAUUAGCGCAUAAAGAAAAUGAGGAGGAGAACAUGUGAAAACAUGGAUAUCAGCUCUGUCAGGACAGAACCAGACUGGAAGCACCAGACUGAGAACAGACCUGAUGAAAGUCAUUUAUAGAGACAGGUUUUUAUUCCUGUUUUCUGAGGAGUGUUAAAACACACACGCACCAAAACACAGACAGCCUACAGUUCAGCUGGUGUCAACAGGGAGGGGGUCCCUUUGAGAGAGUAAACGGAGAUAGAGGAGGAGGUUGAGAAAGAGAGAGAGAGAGAGGUGCAUGCAGACGACAGAAGUUCUUCCUCCCUCUUCCUCCUCUGCUCUUCCAUGAGGAGAGAAUUACCCAUCCAGUCUGGAACCGGUGUGGGGGAAAAUGCUUUUUCUUCAGGCUAUAUUGAAGAGAAGGCUGCUGCAGAAAGAUGAUGGGCCAUAUGGAAAAACAAAGGAUAUCUCUGGACUAGAACAGACCAUGGCCUCAAGAAGACACAGUAUACCAGAAGCUCUGCGGGGGGUGACCAUGGUGGAGCUGGUGAAGAAAGAAGGCAGCACGCUGGGCCUCACCAUCUCAGGAGGAACCGACAAGGAUGGGAAACCACGGGUAUCGAACCUACGGCCUGGAGGACUGGCAGCCAGGAGUGACCAGCUAAAUGUCGGUGACUACAUAAAGUCGGUGAACGGCAUCAAUCUGACAAAACUGCGGCAUGAAGAGAUAAUCAGCUUACUGAAGAACGUAGGAGAAAGAGUUCUGCUGGAGGUGGAGUAUGAACUGCCCCCUACAGCACCAGACAGCACCUCAGGGGUUAUAUCAAAGACAAUCGACAUCUGUUUGCAUAAAGAGGGGAACAGCUUUGGUUUCGUUAUGAGAGGUGGCACCCACGAAGACUGGCACAAGUCACGCCCCCUAGUGGUCACCUACGUCAGGCCAGGAGGUCCUGCGGACAGAGAGGGCACACUGCGUCCUGGUGAUCGUCUCCUAAGUGUGGAUGGUGUACCGCUGCACAAUGCCAACCACAGCGACGCCCUCAGCGUAUUGGGUCAGUGCGGCCAGGAAGCCCUGUUCCAGAUAGAGUACGACGUCACUAUCAUGGACACAGUAACAAACGCCUCCGGUCCGCUAUUAGUGGAAAUUGCCAAGUCGCCAGGUGCAAUGCUGGGUAUCACGCUGACUUCAGCCAAUCAUCGAAACAAGCAGGUCAUUGUCAUCGACCGGGUUAAACCUGGCAGCGUGGUGGACAGAUGUGGAGCAUUGCAUGCUGGAGAUCAUCUGCUCUCCAUAGAUGGGACAUCUACUGAACACUGUACAGUCCUGGAGGCAACACAGCUAUUAGCAAGCACAACAGAACUGGUGAAAUUAGAAAUACUCCCCUCCCAUCAAACAAGGCUAACUGGGAAACAGCACGACACAGUGAAGGUUCAGAAGUCGGACCACCCCCACUCCUGGGACCCCUGUGUGAACUACUGUCACCCUCCAAACUCCACCCUCUGCAACACAAGCUCCACUCUCAACAAGUCGUGGACCGCCUCAAAUAAUAACACCAUCAACAGCCUCGACUACUGCAAGUCUCUGGUAUCUGCCAGUUUCUCUCCCGGCUCUACGACUACAUCGGGCCCCAGUAGCCAGAGCUCCAGCACCCUGCCCAGGCCUACAGUUCCCAUGAGUCCACGGAACUCGCUGCUCAAACGACGGCAAAGGAAGAAAGAGCACAAAAGCUCCUUGUCCCUGGCGUCCAGUUCGGUGGGUCCGGGUGGUCAGGUAGUUCAUGUAGAGACCAGUGAGGUCGUCUUAACAGGCGACCCACUCAACGGCUUCGGUGUCCAGCUGCAGGGAGGAAUAUUUGCCACUGAAACACUGUCCGCACCCCCACUUAUCCGAUUCAUAGAGCCCGAUAGCUCUGCAGAGAGGUGUGGCCUGCUGCAGGUUGGAGACCGCCUCCUGUCAAUCAAUGGAAUCCCCACAGAAGAUGGAACGCUAGAGGAGGCCAAUCAGCUUCUCCGAGAUGCGGCGCUGACCAAUAAGGUCUCAUUGGAGAUAGAAUUCGACGUAGCAGAGUCAGUGGUGCCUAGUAGUGGUACUUUCCACGUCAAACUGCCGAAGAAAAGAGGAGUGGAGCUGGGGCUCACCAUCAGUGCCAGCAAGAAGCCAGGAGAGCCCCUCAUCAUUUCUGACAUCAAGAAGGGCAGCAUGGCCCACAGAACAGGAACAUUGGAGCCUGGUGAUAAGCUGUUGGCCAUCGACAACAUCAGACUGGAGAACUGUUCCAGAGACGAUGCAGAGCAGAUCCUGCAGCAGUGUGAGGAGCUGGUCAAACUAAAGAUACGCAAAGACGAAGACAACUCAGAUGAGCAGGAGACGUCAGGCAGCAUCAUCUACACAGUGGAGCUGAAGCGGUACGGAGGCCCUCUGGGUAUCACCAUCUCAGGCACCGAGGAGCCUUUUGACCCCAUCACUAUAUCCGGCCUAACCAAGAGAGGCCUGGCGGAAAGGACAGGGGCUAUUCACGUAGGUGAUCGGAUCCUGGCUAUCAACAGCGUCAGUUUAAAAGGCAAGCCCCUGAGUGAAGCGAUCCACCUGCUGCAGAUGGCUGGAGAGACGGUCACCCUCAAGAUAAAGAAACAGCUUGACAAUGUAGAGGAGAGGAAGGCAGCAGAGGUAGAGGACACAACAGAGAAUGAGCUCAGUGACCCUGAGGAGGAUGAUUUGACGGACAGCCAGCAGACCAAUAAGCUGUCAGAGCUUUACUCAACAACCAUACCCAGCGUCGACUCUGCCAUGGAGUCAUGGGAUGGCUCAGGGAUGGACGCCGGCUAUGGCAGCCAGGGUACAUACAGCCACCAGGCAGCUGGUAUCGCUCUUCACCCCCAUGAGUGGCGUAGUGCCAAGCAGCAGCGCAGCACCACACCACCUCCUGGACGCCGGAAGAACUACCCUUUCAGCGAUGGAGGCUUCAGUGAGGAUGACUGGGACAAACCACCUGGAUUUAUUGGCCAACAACCGGACGGUAUUUUGUUGGAUCCAGAGGACAGUUUCUGGUGUCAGGCGCUUGAGGAUCUGGAGACCUGCGGCCAAUCAGAACUACUCAGAGAGAUAGAGGCAUCCAUCAUGACAGGAACAGCCAUCAGUCUGGGUGUAGACGGUGUCAACAAGCCUCCAGCUGAGCCCAUACUGAGCCACAGCAGAAUGAGUCCAUUGCGGAGGAAUUCUCUCCUGCACCAGGGAAACCUGCUCCACCAGGGUGCCCAUCUGCACGAGGAGGACCACCUCCAUGAAGAGGCCCAACUCCACCAAGACGCUCACCUGCACCAGGAGGUCCAUUUCAACCAUGAGGCCCACCUGCACCAGGGGGCCCACGUCCACCAAGAUAACCAGUCCCCUCUUAUGCACCACGAGCCGAAGCCCAAGGCCUCAUUGAGAGUGUCAGAGAGGACAUGGGAGUCUCGUCGGAUCAAAGAGGAGAUGCAGGGGAUUCUGUCCCCAACGCCUUUGGAGCUGCACAAAGUAACAGUGGUAAAGGACCCAGAGAUUGACGACUUUGGCUUCAGUGUGUCAGAUGGCUUCUUGGAGAAAGGAGUUUACGUCAACAUGAUCAGACCCGACGGCCCAGCAGACCGAGCCGGGCUCAAACCCUACGACAGGAUCCUGCAGGUGAACCAUGUGAGGACGAGGGACUUUGACUGCUGCCUGGCAGUGCCUCUGAUCACAGAGGCUGGAGACAGACUGGAGCUGGUCAUCAGCCGCAACCCACUGGCCAAUGACGACGGAGAGGACAAUAACAACACUUUAGAUCACCCGCUAGACCUGUAACACACACACAAAAAGACAGAUGAAUCUCUAGACAUACACACACACACACACACACAUUCACUCUGUCACACUCAGGCAGGAGACAUACUAUAUAUCUGGUGAAGUGUAAAGUUAUAUCUACUGGAACUGGCCCAAACACACACACUCCCCACCGGCUUGCAAUAAUUCUACUUAAACACAGAGACUCUCACACACACACACUUGCAUGCUCACAGUCGCUCCCUCCCAUUCACACUGGGUUGAACUGCUGUCAUACAGUAAAUUUCUCCAUGGAAGCACUGCCACAGUGUAGAAAAACCACCAGAGACACUCUCCCGAAAGCUGGCUUGGAGUCCUCACAGUGUUGUUCCAACAUAUACAACCACUUACUUGGCACUUUAACCAGCCAUGUUAACUGAUUCUGACUCUUUAAAUCUUGUUUUUACUUAAAACAAAUGAAUAAAAACCUGCAAUUUGGGUGAGGUAAUUUCAGCUGUUUUUAAUGCCAGACCACAGGUUUAUAGAAAUUUCUAGUGUUGAUGGUACCAGAGGGACCUGCCUUAUUACACAAUAUUGUAAGUGAUUUUGGAACAUUGAGUGAAACUGCAUUGAUAAAAGAAAAACUGCCUUGCUCAGUUUGCAGAUUUCAUUUGUUUUAAGAAAGGCUAAUAAGAUUCAAUAGAAGAUUGAACCGACAGUUUAUAAAGGAAUUGUGUCUGGCUGUGGUCUAUACAGAUGUAGCCAUUGUAGAAGGCCAUAUUGCUGCUAAGAGUCUGCUCAAAUACUGCUGCUCCAUUGCAAUUCCCAAGAGUAAUUUUCUAGAAAAGGUCAAGUUUAGCUCUUUUUCCAGCUGUCGCAUGAAGGCAGACAUCUGUAUUAUACCUCUGCACAUCAUAAGGUUAGCACAGUGAUAUUAUAAAAAAGAAAUCAAAACAAGCAUUACAAGGUCAAGACAAUGAUGUCAUCACAACUGCCAAACAGUUUUUGUUCAAUCCAAUCAUCGAAGGGAAGAGAAAGAAGGGAAGGAAUUGGGAAUUCUUUCCUGUCCUGAAAAACAUGGCAUCUUAAAUGGAAUUUGUUAACAAAGGCAACUUUUGCUGCAACACAAUUGGGCAGCUGUUCUCGUGGAGGUGCCCCAGAGAAAACUGUGUUGCCAACAGAAGAACAUCUUCCUACAACAUUUUGAGAGAUUUUUGACCCUUUUCUGUUUUUUGUUUUGUUCAUUUUGCCAACUGCCGGGAGAAUUGCCCAUCUACAUUGCCCAAUCUGUCACUACAGUUGUCUGAGAGCGCUGGGUUCAUCUCACCUCAGCUCAAUGCUGGCCUACAAAGUCAAAGAGCAGUAGCUACUAUGUAUGUAUUUUAAAUAGCAGAGCUCAUGAUUAGGGUUGCAGUUCAGCAUAUUUCGCCAUUAAAAAAGGUAUUGUGCAUAGCACUUAUAAUGAGACAUUAUGUACCACAUACAUUUUGAGACAUUAGUAUAAUUGCCAUGAACAAACAAGGUCAAGGAGCCUGUCAGUUUUUAGCAGCAAUCAAAACUAUAUCUUACACUGUGAGCCACUGGGGCAGGUUUUGGGUAUAAUUGCUUUUUUGACGCAAAAUAAGAAUAAAGCAAUGUUCUUCAACAACAAGCAGAGCUAAAGCUUGCGAGUUUCUGGUUAAAACAGAUGGUAAAGGAAAUGAAAGGCUGAUAGGAGAAUAUUUAUCCAACAUGGUUUACAUUUUUUGCCCAGGCAGGCUGUGUAAAUACUUGAGACCAGUGUUGACUCAACAACUCAAGAGCCACAGGUAACAUAAAAUAUAGUUUCUUAGAGAAAGAUACAUUACUUAAGGGAAUAGCAGGGAAUAGUAUUUUUGAGGGCUCACAUUUUCUCUUUCAAGAUUUAGCAUUAAUGCUUUACACUUAUUGUGCUCAUAUCAAUUGAGGCUACACCACAUAUUGCUGCAUGUACAGGAUUGUAAAAUGUACAAGCAUAACUACUGUAAGCAUGUUUAGCAUUAUUGGUACUGGGUGUACAUUAUUCUUUGACUAGAUACGUAGAUGUCAAGAUUUAGCGUACCAGUGAGAACAACAAGCAAACUCAAAAACAAGUAGUAUCCUCUUUGCUAUAUGAAGCAACAGGGUUCACAGGCAAUGCAGUCUCAAUUUAAAAAAAAAUAAAAAUAAAAAACCUCCAAGCAUUAACAGCAUCACUGUUUUGGAAUAGAUUCUACUAAUCAUCAUCACCACAGUCUCAUUCAUAAUAAGCUAUGACAUCUAUUUUGACAACUGAUGUUUAAAAUGCUCCACAUAGCACCUUCAAAUGAUGUCUAGAGUACAGAUCAACCACAAACACUAAAAUGUUACUGCUGUUUGGCUUUGUAGGCGAGACUGGCCCUUUUGUGGCACAAAGAUCAUGAACAAAGUUAAUGGCAUCAUCUGCAAACAUAUAUUGAAUUCGUCAGUAUGCUGAAGAUAAGUGCCAAGCUGUUCUGACUAGGAACAAGUCUCUCUCUCACACACACACACACACACACACACUCCUACAUUCUUACAGAACUGAGCCAUUAUGCAAAGAUAACGUAAUCUCGUGUGUCAUGUGUUUGUCUUAACGUUUGUUCACAUCUCUGUGUGUUUGGCUGUGUUGAAUUCCUGCAUCUCUGUUUAUGAUGUGCAUGUACAUCAACAAAGCCAGUCGGAGGUGCUAAUUAGAGCCUUAGUGCUUUGUCAGCGCUGUUGAUAACAAAACACGGUGUCAUAGUUGCUGAAUUCAUCCAAAAUUGACAGAAUUCAAAGGUGAAUUGAUUAAGGCUGCUGAUUGUGUUAUUAGUUCUCUUCCACCAGCCAUUAGCAUUGCAAGUAACAGAAUUUUAAUCUGCGAUUGGAUGUUUCGCACCGAAAUGCACCAAUUUGACUUUUAAAUCAAAGAACCAGAUAUUUUCUAACGCAGCUGUUAAUCUUCGGCUCCAUCCGAGCCGUGGAAGUGCUCCAAUUAGUGCGCCCGAAAUAGCUCCACCCACUUUGCAACUCGUGGGUAUUGUAAUAAGACAAACUUGAUCAUUUAAUGACCUUUCUAAACUCUCCCACCUCUCCUCACCUCAUAUUUUUGGUCUGUUUGGUAACAGCCGAGAUUCCUUCCACUUCCUACACCUUUGUUUUCAUGAUUUUCUCUUAUUUCGGCCAAAACUUUCUUUGCCCCAAUUAUCUGUGGAUAAACAGAAAUGAGACUGCCACGUGCAGUAGGAGGGGAGUGACAGCCAGAGUGUGUGUGUGUGUGUGUGUGUGUGUGUGUGUGUGUGUGUGUGUGUGUGUGUGUGUGUGAGUGAGUGAGUGAGAGAGAGAGAAAGAGUAGAUACGGGAUGUGUGUGUUCCUGUGUGUAUGGAUGUAUGUAUGUAAGCACAAGAAAGAGAACUAAUAAUACAUUGAGUGUACAAAAAUGUGUGAGCAAGAGAGACAGCGCAUACAACAGAGACCCACAGGAAUAAUACACAAGAAUGAGUCUGUGAAAGAGGACAGAAUAGCCUUUGUCCUCUGUUCAAGUUGAACAUUUUGCCAAUCCUUCAAUCACAACCUCUGUUCUCUCACUCUUUCACUCUGUAUUUCCUCACGUUUUUACAUAAUAUAACAGUUAGAAUCCAGCUGCCCCCUUUGAGAACACCCGUGUUUGUGUAUGAAUGAGGGAGCCUGUGUGUAUGACUGUAUGUGUGCCUCUCUGUGUGUCGAGGUUUCUGUGUGUACUAUACAUGUGUGUUUAGAUGUACGUACUGUAUCUAUGGUUGUCAGUUUUUUCCUUUUGAGCAUAUAUGAGGUUUUGCGUGUGUGUCUGUGUGUGUGUCAGAGAGAGGGCUAGGUGGUGUACAUUUCAUUGUACAGUGGUGAUAUUUUUCAGGGCUGUGGGCCAUUUACUCCCUUACAAACCCUAAUGAGACUGAAAACAGUAUAAACUCUGUUUUUGUGAGCUCCCCGGAGAAAGACUUUUUCAUAAAUAACAAAAAAGGGACAUUUACUUCUCUCCAAGCACUUACUACAAAAAAGAAGCACACUGUUUAAUACCAUGCACUAAAUAUUUUCAUGUACAAAGGAGCAAACUUGUCUGAGUGUUUUUUUACGCAAUGUCAAGUGGCCAAAAAAAUGUUUUGUAAAGCAACAAAAAAAAAAGACAAUGCUGAGAAAAGCCUUCCAAAUUGUUCUGUUGGUUUUUAUAUGUAUGUAUAUGUAUGUACAUACGUACGUACAUACGUGUGGUCAUUCAUACUCCCUAUGCAUUUCUGGGUCAAAGGUCAGUUUAAAGCCCAAUCCGGAAUCGUAACUAAAGUCCCACGGAUGAGUGAGAAAACAUUUGAAUUCCUUUCAGUUAUAUAAUGUAAUAAAUGUAACAAAUUACACAUUUACAGUUACGUGGUUGAGCAUGUAAAAAUUACAAAACAUUAAAUUACUAUGACAAUGUAGGGGUGAUGUUGCCAUCAUUUGAAAAUUAUUAUUAUUAUUACAAGUUAUUAAGUCAUUAAUGUAUUGAAUUUCGAGAGAGACAUGUUGCAUUGUCAGUCUGAAGAUUUUAUGACCGUAUACAGCGUUUUAUUACACUGGUCUGUUACCAUAACCCCCAAUCCCGUUAAAGGAUGUCAUUUGACAAGUUAUUACACAAACUGACAUUUAUCACAUCAUAUGCUGCAGUAAGGCCUGCCCCCUUCAAAACACACAAAAUGUAUUGUGUUUUUAUGGUUCAUCUUAACCUAAAGCUUAAAAAGAACCUAGUUUCUGAUCAAGAGGAUGCCAGCUCAAAUCCCUGUGUACAGUAAGGAAAACCAGGCUGGGGAAGUGUAAUGAGUUUCAUUCCUCUUUUCUCUUAAUGAUGGCUUUGGCAGCAGGUCAUUACUGUGUGUUUCUAUAAUAAGUUCCUGCUGGGGAUGGUGCACGUGUUGAGGGGUUUCUACUGCAUGAGUUGUCAUUAUGUAAUAUAAGCCAGUCAUUCAUUGUUUUAAUUUGGACACACACACACACAAAAAAUGAGAUCACUGCUUACUGUUUCUGUCAAAUCACGCCUUUCUGCUAUAGUGUUGCGUUAAGAGGAGGGCUUUCAUUUUUUUUUUUUUUUUUUUUACCCUGCAGUGGCCAUUUUGUAGGUUCUCGGCUGCUAUCUAACAGUCGCAAAAGCUGAUUGUGUAACGUGGCUGUACACAACUAGAAUUCAGACAUGGCUUCUGUAUUUGACUGGGUCUUAUAAUUUGAUUAGAUUUUGCAUAUUUUCUAGAAAACCACAGUAUCUGUUCAACUAACUGUCUUACUGCCCGGAAAACUAUAGGUAACAAUUGAUUAUGGUUAGUUAAAUAUUAGCCUAUUGCCUAGAUAUUGGUUAACUAGGUAACUAUAGUGUCUUGUCAGCUAACUGCCAUAGCUUUCUGCCCAGAAAAUGUUAAGUAGCUAACCGUGACAUGUGGUCAGCUAACAAUUAUAUUUCAACAGUUACAGUCAACUAGCCAGAGUAUUAAGCAAACCAUUAGCUUACUGCCAGAAAACUAUCCAGGGUGGGAAAUUAGCACCAGCCACCAGCCAAAGCCAAAUGCUGGUAAAAUAUGAAAGUGCUGGAAAAUAACACAAAAUAAUGGUUUACUAUUGAGUGGCUGGUGAAUUUGAACAUUUAUCUGUCAGUGGCUGGUAGAAGUUCACAUUUUAAAAAGUUAAUUUCCCACCUGCAUUAACUAGCCAAUCAUUAGUAUCUGGUCAUUUAACUAUUAGCCUACUGCCCAGAAAACUGCAGUUGACUAACCAACUAACCAUAGUAUCAGGCAGCUAGUCAUUAGCUUACUGAUUAGAUAACUACAAUUAACAGUUAACUGUAGCCUAUCGUAGAAAAGGUUUCAGUCGUAGUCAUCUGGACACUAACUGUAACUGUAACCAUUAACUGUAGCCUAUUAUCUGGUUUGCUAAACAUUAGCAGAUUUCCCACAUAAAUUCAGCUUGUGAUUAGCUAACCAUUUGCUCACUCCCCAGAUAACUACAAUUAACUAGCUAACCGUAAUGACCUUACCAGUCUGUGGCAUUGCUAUAAACAUGAGUAUACGUUUCUUCACUGGUCCUCCAGCCAACUGUGGAUGUGACUCUACAAAUAACAAAUUUCAGUCUCUCUUAUGAUCUAUUGGUCAUAAGAGUGUCUCCAAUCUUUGCUUCACAUUUCUAAUACAUCACAUGACAACUUUUUCCAAAAAAAAAAAGUUAUUUGAUUCAUGCAGGCUUGUACAUUUUAAAUUUGUUUUUCUAAAUUAAUUUUAACAUAAUUUCAAAAGAUGUGUUGACAUGUGGCAUCAAAGCAUAUUGCGAUUCCGGAUUGGGCCAUUAAUAAUGUAUGCGUUGAUAUUGUGUAUUUUUUUUUUUUCAAAAUUGUGUAAAGUUCUAUUCUAUGUAAUAUAGUAUUUUUCUAUGACAUUACUCUUCCGAAACAUGGGAGAAAAUACAAAACAAAAAUUAUGAAAGGGAAAAUAAAAUGUAUAACUUUGUUGUUGUUGUCGUUUUGUUCUUUUCAUUUUCUAUGAAACAAAGAGUGUACCGCUAUACUUCUCUUUUCGAGAAGAAGAUGAGAAAAGAUCAAAAGAAAGAAAAAUAAAAUGUCUAAUUUUA